CGCAGCGCAGUCCCUUUCGUAUCGUCUGGUAAUACGCAUUGCCUCGCGCGCCGUCCCAUCCUGUCGUUGAAACAGUCGCGCGUGCUUCAAAAAACUUUCAAAUUCCAAAUAUCGUGAACAUGUUUAGUUCUAAAUCGUUAGUUUAAUUAUUAAGUGUUUAGACUGAAUUAUUGUGUUUUUACAUUAGCAAAAUGACUGCCGGAUCCGAAGAACACGAACCUCUAAUAUCUUCAUCGGUGGAUAAUCAACGUGUUACUUACAACAACUCGCCAAAUGGCAGCACACACAGCCAAAGUCCCCGCACCAGUGGUGGGGAGGUAACCCUAGCCAUCCCCCCCUCCCGCGGCUAUGGAGCCAUCGGCGGCGUGGAGAAGGUCACCUACACGUGGGCAGAUGUUAAUGCCUUCGCCACAGAAGAUAGGUCUCGAAAUAGAAAGUUCUGGCACUUCUGGAGGAGUUCCUCCGACCGCAUGUUCCAGCAGAGGAAGCAGUUACUUAAGAGCAUAAACGGAGCAGCAUACCCUGGAGAGCUUCUAGCGUUGAUGGGGUCCUCCGGCGCAGGGAAGACCACCCUCCUUAACACGCUGACCUUCCGGACGCCGAGUGGAGUCGUGUCAUGUGGCACCAGAGCACUGAACGGUCAGCCCGCCACGCCGGAGAUGAUGGCAGCACUGUCAGCGUAUGUGCAGCAGCAGGAUCUGUUCAUUGGUACACUCACUGUGCGGGAACAUUUGGUUUUUCAGGCUUUAGUGCGCAUGGAUCGCCACAUCCCAUAUGCUCAGCGGAUGCGACGGGUACAGGAAGUUAUAUCUGAACUGGCAUUAUCAAAAUGUCAAAACACAGUGAUCGGGAUCCCCGGACGUUUGAAGGGCAUUUCUGGGGGGGAGAUGAAGAGGCUAUCCUUUGCGAGCGAGGUCCUUACAGACCCUCCGCUGAUGUUCUGCGACGAACCCACCUCUGGCUUGGACUCAUUCAUGGCACAGAAUGUCAUCCAGGUACUUAGUGGCUUAGCUAAGAAAGGUAAAACGGUGGUUUGCACGAUACACCAGCCUUCGUCCGAGCUGUAUGCUAUGUUUGACAAGCUGCUAAUAAUGGCCGACGGGCGGGUCGCCUUCCUCGGAUCACCAGACCAGGCUACGGAAUUCUUUAGAGAACUCGGAGCAGCAUGUCCUGCGAAUUACAAUCCAGCAGACCACUACAUCCAACUCCUGGCCGGUGUGCCCGGUCGGGAAGAAACUACGCGACAUACGAUCGAUACUGUCUGCACUGCGUUCGCCAAAUCAGAGCUAGGUUGCAAGAUAGCUGCCGAGGCUGAAAAUGCUUUGUAUCAUGAGCGGAAAAUUGCCACCGGCUGGGCAGACUCCGCCUGGUCGAAUGCGGUGGCGAUACGGGCCAGUCGCUCCCCAUACAAAGCCUCGUGGUGUGCCCAGUUCCGAGCUGUUCUGUGGAGAUCUUGGCUUUCUGUUACGAAAGAGCCUAUGCUAAUUAAAGUCCGGUUUUUGCAAACUAUUAUGGUAUCUAUUCUUAUCGGGGUGAUUUACUUUGGACAACAUUUGGAUCAAGACGGCGUGAUGAACAUAAACGGAGCAAUCUUCAUGUUCCUUACAAAUAUGACGUUCCAGAACAUCUUCGCAGUUAUCAACGUAUUCUGUUCAGAGCUGCCAAUAUUCAUUCGCGAGCACCAUUCAGGGAUGUACCGAGCUGACGUGUAUUUCCUCUCGAAGACGCUCGCCGAGGCGCCGGUGUUCGCGACUAUCCCUCUGGUCUUCACCACCAUCGCCUACUACAUGAUAGGCCUCAACCCCGCCCCAGAGAGAUUCUUCAUCGCUUCGGGCUUGGCUGCUCUUAUUACCAACGUUGCUACUUCGUUUGGUUACCUGAUAUCUUGCGCGAGCAGCAGCGUGAGCAUGGCCGCGUCAGUGGGGCCGCCCAUCAUCAUCCCGUUCAUGCUGUUUGGAGGAUUCUUCCUUAACUCAGGUUCCGUGCCGCCAUAUCUGGGCUGGAUAUCGUACCUGUCGUGGUUCCGGUACGGCAACGAGGCGCUGCUCAUCAACCAGUGGUCCGGCGUGGAGAGCAUCGCCUGCACCAGGGAGAACUUCACCUGUCCCGCUAGCGGGGAGGUGGUCUUGACUACGCUUAGCUUUGCUGAGAAGGACUUCACGAUGGACGUUGUGAACAUGGUCCUGCUCUUCAUCGGGUUCCGUCUGCUCGCCUACUUCGCCCUGCUGUGGAGGACGCGACGCGGAAAGUAGACCUAAGCACAAACAUACCUCUUACUGCCCAACGAGUAAUAAAGAAUAAGGGUUAUAGCUCAUUAGAGCGACUUGGCACCUGGCCAGCCUCCGUGUACCUAUAUGUGUAUAGCACACAUUUCAUUCUUAGAGAUUUCUGUAAAAACUGUUCUAUAAGUUGUACAAAGUUUGAUUAUUCGUAAUUAUUAUUACCCAGGGCCUAGUAUGAAAUGGAAAGAGAAAUAUUUUGUCACACAGUAUAAUAUCCUAUUUUCUGUAUGUAAUUCUUCUAUUCGAACACUCUUUCAACAAGAUGCUCCAAUAGCAGAUUUCCACGACAACACCCUGAGAUUGUAACCAUAGUUCUCUAUAUUUAAGAUACUUAUCCAAGCGUUGUAUUGUAUUUUAGUAAUUAUUCAGAGUCACAGAGCUUUCUGGUAAGACUAAUUUUAAUUUCUCAUAUUUUUGCCAUAAUUUAAUAAAACUCAUAUUCUUACGUUAGCGUUUACCAAUUUUAGUUCGUACAAUUCCUUUUAUUUCUUGAAUGAGGAAAAUAGCCUUGCAAGCAGAAGUCGCCGAUAUCUAAGCUUGUUUUAGUACUGCCACUGGAGAUAGGCUAACUACAAGUAGUUAUGUCAACCUCCAUAACAUCACAGGCUGCACGGGUCGGGUGGUAGGUUGCUCUAAUGACUUAUGACCUUGGUUCAUUGCUAUCAUCAAUAUUAGCUUAAUUAAUAAUCCACUGAAGGCUACAUGCCUCCUCGCUUUUAAGUUAUAGUGAUAUACAUUAUAAAUCCCAAAACAGAACCAAUUUCGAUGGAUUUUCGUAUAGCAUUUUGAAUAUGACCUUAAAAACAAUAAGUAUUUUUACUCUCGAAAAUUUCACACUUAGCUCAAGCUCAUACAGUGUUGAGUUUGUAUUAAUUAGUUUGCCGAGGAUAUUUUCUAAAGAAGUUGAAUCGUUUAUGACGGCGUUUUCAGAAAUUUAAAUUAAAUUAAGAAUAUUUUGGAUACCUUUAACGAUUAAAAGAUUAAACUCUUAACGGUAAUCAUUUAAUAUUAUGAAAAAUUAUAGUUGUAGGUAGAUAAUUACUUAAUGUAAAAGAAAGCAAGUUUGCAAUGAAAUAUUUAAUUUUUUAUAAUUAUACUUAAACAGUAGUAGUUCAUUAAUAAAGUUGUGAAGUGGGAUCAAAGGACGUUGCAUCUUAAAUAACUUAAAUAUGAAGUUAAUAAAGAUACAACUUUCUUGGCGGGAACACAUAAAUGAUCACAAUAUGACUUUUUUCAUGGGACGACGCGUGAUUUACGAGUAUGUGUCCAUAUUGUUUUGUAUAAACUGGUAAAUGUAUGUCGAACCUGUCUGUCUAUAGUAUGAAAAACAGAGUUGUUUAUAAAUAAAGUUGCUGAAAAACCAAUA